AUGAGUGAAACUCAAUAUAAUUAUCAUGGCAAUGCUGCGAACUACAUAAACGACGGGCAGCGAUACGCAACUUCUUCUCAAGGUGGAGUUGAUGGUACUAGCACUCGUUUGACAGAUAAUCAACAACAACAACAAUGGAUUGCAUCUCAAUCAGCUUCAUCUAAUUCAAUGGCAACAUCUAGUGCACCUAAAAACCGGGCAUUAGGGGGUGUACAAACAACCGAUUCAUUUCAUUCUGUUUCUAGUAUUGAUUCAUCAGCAGAAAUGUCCAAGUAUUUUCCUGAUGCUCAAACCCCUAGUUUGUCGCCAUUUAGGCAUCAGCAAGUUGUCGAAGGUCAGGCACAAUCAACGGCUACAUCGAAUACUGUAGCCAGCACGAAUACAAAUACAAAUACUGUUAAUGCGGGUCCUUAUACACCUGCGACAGCUUCCACUGCAGUACAACGAGUACCACAACCCAUAAGGCCACCUAAUAUGGCACAACAACGACCAGUACAACCACCAGGCAUUCCAAGUUAUUCGUCACAAAUUGAAGGAUUAUCAGUUUCACAAGCUGUAGUAAAUGAUGUACUUAUUGAUCUCCAAACGAAAGUAAUAAAUGAAACUUUACAACAAUAUCAUGACGAUUCAACAAGUGGUGCAUAUAUGGAACCUCUUGCUCCAAUUUAUAUUCGUGCACCGCAACCGACAAUAAUUCUUCAAUCCGAUCUUCAUCGUCUGCGUGCAGAACUUGGUAAUCGUGUUCGCCCUCCAGUUAUCCAUCGUCAUCCAACAGGUGGAAACCAAUUUCAACAAAAUAUGUUUCAAGUACCUAGAUUCCCAGCGCCUCCACAACAACACAUUCCACCAGAGUGUUAUGGAGAUUAUCGAAAUGCCGCCUAUGCAAACAGUGAUGAAUAUAAGACGACGACGACGACGACGACAGGCGAUGAGUAUAGGAAGGAAAAUGAUGAGCGAUUGUAUAAUCAAGCCGAGUCAGCUAUACUCAAUAAUGUCAAUAUCAAUGGUAAUGUUCAGAGCGCAUUCAAUCGUCAAGGCUUAUCCACUACAUCAUUUGAUCGUCACGGCUCACCUUCUCAAUCUUCCUCAUCACUUUCCAAUCUCGAAGAACAGCAACAAGGUAACGAGCAGGCUUUACUUGCAUCAUCUCAAAAUAUCAACAGUGAACAAGUUGGCUCAAUGGAUAAUAAUAUGUUCUCAAUGCCUGGCCGUCCACGUCAAGAAAUAACAUUUGAUAUCGAUAAUUGUAUAUAUCGAUGUUUUGAAGCUCAUCGUCAACGAGUAGCUCGACGACGAGCUGCCCGACAAGCCCGUAAAUCAAGACGCCAUCGACAAGCCACACAACAGCCACAACAAUCUCAACAAUUACACUAUACUAAUCAAUACCCAAAUUUUACGGCACACCCAAUACAUUCUACAGGUGGCACUAUUGAACAAACUCAAUGGCAACAACCACUGUCAACCACAGAUUAUUCGGAUAUAAUUAAUCAACCAGCUAACAAUUUUACAUCAGUUCAUACAACUCAAGGGCCAUAUAAUCCGGCUGGAACAGCAGUUCAUACAACUCAAGGACCAUAUAACCCGGCCGGAACAUAUGAUUAUACAAAUCUGGUUCAAACAACGUCGUUACCCACUGAUAUACAGUCUUCAGCAACAGAUUAUUAUCCAUACACAACUAAGAAUAUACAAGAACCAUACAUUCAUUCAAAUGCAUAUGACUAUACAUCUCAUCAAUCAGUACCACAACAACAAACAUCUUUUGAAUAUGCAAAUCAAUUGCCAUAUUCUUCUUCGUCGACAGAUGCCUCAAUUCCAAGUGACACGCAAUAUUUAUCCUCAAACUAUUACCAAGAACAUAAACAACAAUUACCUACUCAAUUUACUCGAAACCAAGACGUAUAUACUCAACCCUCAACAACAUUUGAACAUGCCACAGGAACAAAUCUAGCUCAAGUGCCAACAACCUAUGAUUAUCAGGACAUAAAUCAGUCACCAAAUCAAUAUACAGACAAUCCUGAAAAUAUACAACAGCAACCAUCAUUAAAUUAUGCUAUGACAACUCCCACAACCUAUAAUCAAGGAACAUUUGAUUACACAACAGCACGUACACAAUCUCAAUAUCCAUAUGAUAUCGAGAAUCUCAACCAACAGCAACCCUAUGAUUAUACAACAAGUACAGCAGCUGGCACUUUACCAUUUAGAACGAAUCUUCAGCACACACAGCCAAAAGAAACCAUCGAUUAUUUAAAUCAAGCAGGUACAUCUGCUAGUUACUACGAACAACAAUCAAUACCUGCUCCCCUAUAUCAAGGUCAAGGAUCUUAUGGUAAACCCACCGGAACAUUUGAAUAUACGAGAGAAAGUUACGAAUCUCAGAAACCUAUUUAUGAUUACCAAGGUGCAGAACAACAGUCGUCUCAAUAUUCAUAUAAUGUUGAAGAUAUUCAACAACAACCUCAGCAACAAGACACAUUUAAUUAUGUAUCUGAAGUUCCAACAUCUUACACAAGGUCUAGCACUGAUCUUCAGCAGAAAGGACAAACACAAGUGGUAGAACAAGUUGCUGGAACAUUUGUCCCUACAACUCAGCAUGAAAAGCAACCAAUAUCAGUUCCUGUAUAUCAAAGUCAAGGAUCUUAUGGGAAACCCACCGGAACAUUUGAAUAUACGAGAGAAAGAUAUGAAUCUCAGAAACCUAUUUAUGAUUACCAAGGUGGAGAAGUGAAAACGGAACGGACACAAGCAAUAAAUGAAUCGAGCCAAGAAAUAAGUUCGUCCACUCAUGAGCAAGAACAGGCAACAUUUGCUCCCGUACCUGAUACUUCUGAUGCAGAGCUACGUUAUCAAAAAGUAAUUGAUACAUCGAUUACAAAUGGUACAACAGAAGAUACCAAAGAACCGCUUCGUCAACAAGAACCUUUAUCAGAUAAUUAUUCUACGGAAAAUUUUAUUGAAGAACAAGAAAAAGCUGGAACAUUAAGUGUCAAUGAUUAUAUCAAACAGUUUGAAUUUAAAUCACAAUCACAACAAAAUGGAGGACCAAUACAGUCCUCUGAUGAACGUCAAUCUACUCGUAGUACAAAGAUAUCACCGUUUAUUAUUCAACAAAAUGUUGAUGUGCAACCAUCACAGGAAGCUACACAAAUAUAUGAUCUUCAAAAUUACAUAAGUGAAAAUAUUACUUCAGAAACUUCACAACAAUCACAAGGAGAUUCAUCGUUACCCACCGAAGAAGACAAACAGCGUCUUCUUCAAUAUAUUACUCGAAGUAAACCAACAGAGGAAUCAUUUGAGAAAACAGAACAACAAAGUGAAAACGAAGUAUAUAAGUACGAUACUAAUACUUCAUUACCACCACCACCAAGAGCAACAACAGCAACAGCAAGAGCAACCAGAGAAGGAAUUGAACAUCAGCAAGAGUCAACUGAAACAGGUACAUCUGACUUCCCUCCGCCACCGACACUUGAUCGUCAAGCAUAUCAAAUAAAACAACCACGAACAAAUCGAUCAAUACCUACAAUCAUUCCAACAACAGAUCAAGCAAGUAUAUAUACUAAUAAUGAACAAUUAGAACCAACAUCUGACGAUCAUGACGGUGAUGAGAGUAUUGCAGAAAGCGAAGAACUUUUUGAUUUACACAAAUGUAUUGCUAAAUGCUAUGAAAAAUAUCGCCAGGAAUGGGAUAAAGAGGCAAAAGCACACUAUGAAGAACAAAUGGCAACAAACACACCACAAAAUGAUCAACAAUUCAUUCAACAGCAAAAUGCAUUAUUCGUAGCCAAUUACGAUCAGCAAAACUUGCCUCAACAGCCAAAUGCAUUAUUCGUAGCCAAUUACGAUCAGCAAAACUUGCCUCAACAGCCAAAUACAUCAUUGGUAGCCAAUUACGAUCAGCAAAACUUGCCUCAACAGUCAAAUACAUUAUUCGUAGCCAAUUACGAUCAGCAAAACUUGCCUCAACAAUAUUUUGGUGGAAGUGAAAUACAUUAUCUUGAUGCUUGGACACAAACACCAUCUCUUGAUGUAAUAACACAAUCGAAUUUUAUUGAUCAUACAUAUGAUGAAACACCAUCAACGUUUGAUACAGAACCUUAUAAAUUUCAAACACCAUCAGCGUUUGAUACAGAACCUUAUAAAUUUCAAGCACCGUCAACGUUUGAUACAAAACCUUAUAAAUUUCAAACACCAUCAACGUUUGAUACAAAACCUUAUAAGUUUCAAACACCAUCAACGUUUGAUACAGAACCUUAUAAAUUUCAAACACCAUCAACGUUUGAUACAAAACCUUAUAAAUUUCAAACAGAAACAAGAGACCUUUCAACUGAGUCACGAGGCCAACAAACUAUCGAAUAUAGCCCACCAUUAAUCACGCAAACACGUCAAGUUAUUUCGACAAUACCCCAAUCAGAACCUUUUUCGUUUUAUAAAUAUAAUACCAACGAGCAACCACAACAACAAAAACAAGCCGUUUACGAUCAUACAUUACCUUUACCUCCUCGUCUGUCCUUCAAUGAAACCCUUCAUCAACCAAAUUUUGAUUUUUCUUCGCAAAUAACAGAUCAACCGCGACAACAUCAAAAUAUACCUUUCGAUACAUACGAAGAAGAAGAACAACAACAACAACGAUACCGUGCACAUUCUGAGCCUGCAUCAAUAAAACAAGAUUCAAUCGUAACAGUCCCAUCUCAGCAACCACCACCAUCAUCACAAGAAAUCGAAUACCAACCACGACGAUCUGUUUCAAUACCAAUGGUUCAUCCAGAACAAUCACAAAUUCGUUUACCAUCAGUUCGUUUAAUCGAUAAUGGUCGUGCAUAUGAAACUGACUCGGCUUUACGCCGUCGUAUGCCUAUUAUCGAUCCUAAAACUGGACUCUGUCUUGUACCGUGUCCAGAAACACAAAAAUAUGCUCAUUUACCAUCUCAUCUCCGGCCAGAAUUAUUCUGUAUAGAGUUACCACCAGUAACUUCUCUUCCACCUCCACCUCCACCACCACCACCACCACCACCACCGCAACCGCAACCUGUUCAACAAGACCGAUGGUGUGUCAAAUGUUGCUGUGUUCCAGGAAAAACAAUUAUUAAAAAAAUUGUUUACAGACAAGUGGACGAACAACAAAAUCAUGAAGAAUCACAAUUUGAUUAUGCUUCAGUUAUUGAUCAAAUGGGAACAACAAUUAGUGUCCGAUACGGAAAUGAUAUCAUGGAAGACACUGGCAUAUGUGUUUCAGGUGGCUAUAACGAACAAUUACGUGUUAUCGAUUUUCCUGUCUAUAUAUCAGGACAAAAUGAUUCCAAUUUGACGCCCCUUGUACCCGCCAAUUAA